AGGACUGCUGUUACUGAAACUCUCCGCUCUUAUUUGCUUCAAAGUCUGCGCUUCUGUUCGCUUUAUUUUGAAACCCCCAGCGGAAGUAUUGUUCAUGGAUCUCUGACAGGCAGCGAUCCACUGAUCAGCUGGACACGGAGAACACAACUGAUCCUUUCCGCUGUUCGGACGCAAACAGCAGCGACGCGGCCGAGGGGACGCUCCACCGCGCGGAGGACUGUGACGGCGCACGGGCGGAGGAGCGCGUGUUCCUGCGGACAAAUGUCGGCAGCUGCUGCUCUGCCUCAGCGCGGCUGAUCCCGGAUUAAACAGGUGAACCACACCGACUCCAGCGUCGUGUCUCAGCCUCUUGGGUCGGCCAUGUUGGAUCUGCUCAUCAGAGUUCUGGUGUUGACCCGUCUUCACCCGUUGCCUCACAGAACCUCGCUGCCAACCUAACUCCUCCCCUUCGUCUCCCCUUCCUCCACCUGGACAGGAAACAGGUCCUGGAUCCUGGUGGACCAUGUCCUAUGCACAUCACAGGCUGCUCACCUGGAGCUUACCUCACCUGCUCCUCCUGCCCCUCGCCUACCUCUGGCUUUUGGCUCUGCCCACAGGUGUGUCGGCAGGUCAGUGCCGGGUCACCAGCGGCGUUCUGGGGAUCCGCUGGAGCAGCGUCAUCGGUCUGGGCUGGCACCCGCUGGCGAGGGGCACGGCUGGGGCCACGUGUUGGGAGUCGUGCUGCCUGAACCCGAGCUGCGGCGCCUCCUGGAGCCUCGGGGGCCGCUGCGUGCUCCUCAGGUGCAGCAGGAAAGAUGGUUGCUCCAUCUCCUCCCUCCCCCAGCCUCACCAGGAGUCCCUGGGCCUCCUGCAGGUGCUCUCCAAGGAUACCGCCGGAGCCAAGAGCACACGGCAUCGCCGCACUUCGCUCACGAGACUCCUCAGAGACACGGGACGCCUCGAGGACACGGGACGCCUCGAGGACACGGGACGCCUCGAGGACACGGGACGCCUUGGGGACACGGAAACGGUUCCUGCAGCCCCCAGCGCCACCACGCACCUACAGAAGGCCCAGCAGAACCUCAGCCUCUCAGCCAACAGAACCUCAGAUGGUUCUCCUUCCUCCUCACAGCAGAACUUGACGAUCAAUGGAACAGUCCAUCCUUCUGCAUCUUCCAACGUCAGCGAUGUGGGCACCACCGCCACGGCUCCAACUUCGGUUCAGGCUGUCCGGGAGCUCGUGGUGUCGGCAGGUGAGAGCGUGGAGGUGACCCUGCCUCGCAGCGAGGUGGAGCUCAACGCCUACGUGGUCCCGCCUCCCCCCCCAGGCAGCAGCUACGCCUUCGACUGGCGCCUCAUCACUCACCCCAAAGAUUACAGCGGGGAGAUGGAGGGCAAGAAGAGCCGAAGCCUGAAACUCAGCAAGCUGACUGUGGGCCUGUACGAGUUCGGGGUGACGGUGGACGGGGAGGGGGCCCACGCUGAGGGUUACGUCAACGUCACCGUCAAACCAGAACCGCGAGUUAACAAGCCUCCCGUUGUUGUGGUCUCCCCAAAGUUCCAGGAGAUCUCUCUGCCUACAAGCUCCACGGUGAUCGACGGCAGCCGAGGAGACCUUGAGAGGAGGAACUUCUCCUUCCUGUGUGUCGACAGAGCUCCAGACCGCCCUCAGCCUUCACGCUCCUUAUAUGGCGAAGGAAUCAGUCCCGCGAAGAAGGGCGGAAACGCGCCGCGGUGGCUGCUGGGUAAAUUCACGCACAUCCAGGAAGAAGCGGACCCAGUCUGCUGA